AUGCUUCUCCCAACAUCCAUUGCAGUCAAGAUGUAGAGAAAUGCAUGGUAUAUAAAGAGCCAACUCUAUUUCUAGAGUCUUCCCACAUCCCCUCACCCUCACAAUGACGAUCGAUACAAAGCAAAAACGUACAGCUUGGUGGAAAGAAGCAAUCGUAUACCAAAUAUGGCCAAAAUCGUUCUUUAGCGGAAAUGGAUCACCAACGGGUGAUAUAAAGGGAAUCAUCUCAAAGCUAGACUAUAUCAAACAACUUGGCGCAAAUACAAUCUGGCUUUCACCUCAUUACUCUUCCCCUAUGAUCGAUGAAGGUUAUGAUAUCAGCGAUUAUGAAAACGUCAACCCAAUGUUCGGCACAGUCGCUGAUGCUGAACAACUCAUCAAAGAAUGUCAUGAUCGCGGUAUGCGAAUCAUUUUUGAUUUGGUCAUCAACCAUACAAGUGAUCAACAUAAAUGGUUCCAAGAAUCACGAUCAUCCAAAACAAAUCCAAAACGUGAUUGGUUUAUUUGGAGACCUGCCCGCUACGUUGAUGGAAAGAGGAUGCCGCCAACAAAUUGGCUCAGUUGCUUCAAUCAAAGCGCAUGGGAGUGGGACGAGAAAACUGAAGAAUACUACCUUCACUUGUUUGCGAUCGAGCAACCUGAUAUCAAUUGGCGUAAUGACGAAUGCAAGAAAGCACUCUUGGAAAGUUCAAUGGAGUUUUGGUUGAGUCGUGGCCUUGAUGGGUUCAGAGUGGACACGGUGAACUUGUACUCCAAACCUGAACAGUUCGAAGAUGCUCCCGUCACUGUACCAGACACGUAUCUUCAACCUGCUUUCGAUCAAUUCUGCAAUGGACCAGAGAUGCACAACUAUCUUCGUGAAAUGGGUGAUAUCUUGGAGAAAUACGACGCAAUGACCGUUGGAGAAUUAGGUAAUACACCUGAUGUCAAAGAAGUAUUGAAGUACGUUGGCUUUUCACGUAAUGAACUUUCGAUGGUUUUCCAAUUCGAAACAAUGAAUCUAGGUAGAUCGCAAGUGGAUUGGUAUAUACAAGAGCCUUGGUCGGUUGCGGAUCUUGCGAAGACGACUGAAAUGAUGCAAACCGCUUUAACGGAUUCCGGAAGAGAUGGUUGGCAGACGUCAUUCUUGGAGAAUCACGAUCAAGGUAGAAGUGUUUCUCGCUUUGGAAACGAUUCUCCCGAGCAUCGUACUACUUCUGCCAAGAUGUUGUCCCUUUUGGUGUCCAUGGCAAGCGGUACAAUGUAUGUCUACCAAGGUCAAGAACUAGCAAUGACAAAUGUACCUGCCUCCUGGGACAUGAAAGAGUACCUAGACAUAGGUUCAAUCAACUAUCUGAAACAGGUAAAAGAUGCAAACAAAGGUGAAGCAGAUAUGGAACGUGCGAAAGCAGCUUUACGAGUGUUAGCUCGUGAUCAUGCACGUACCCCAGUUCAGUGGACUGACGGUCCAAAUGCAGGAUUCACAGCGGAGAAUGUGAAGCCGUGGAUGCGUAUCAAUGAUAAUUUCAAGGAAAUCAAUGCUGCACAACAAUUGCAAGACAAAGAUUCCGUUUAUCAUUUCUGGCAAAAAGCAAUCGCUCUCCGUGUGCAACAUCCUGACCUGUUUGUUCAUGGAAAGUUCUCUCUUUUGCUUGAUUACAAAGGAGCAGAUAAAGAUUCAAAAGUGCUUGCGUUCGCCAAAGAUGUCCGAACCGAAACCGAAGUUACACCUAAACGGUCCGUUGUCCUCCUCAAUCUGAGUGAUGCUGAGCAACCGAUCGAGGUUACCGGUUUGGAGAGUGGAAAAGUUGCGCUUUCUACGCAUCAUCAAAGUACCGAUCCGGUUGCUCCCCUUUCCCCUUAUGAAGGUAGAGUUUUGUUCUUGUAAAGAUCUUUGCAUUUGCUCAGUAAUGGUAAUGGAUUAUGUGUUAG